AUGGCCGACCAAUUCAAAGCACGCACCCUGAAGCGCAAGAAUGUCAAGGGGCUUGCCUUGAAUGCCGCUCCCAAACCCGCCUCAAACCCCGUCGAUGGUGAUUCUCAAGCUUCGGGCGCUGUUGGCAGCGCCGAAACCAACCGCACCGACACCCUCGAGAUUGGCCUGGAGUUUCGACUUGACCUGCGGAGUGAGGAUCUCAUUACUUUGAAGGAGUUAGGCGCGGGUAAUGGUGGCACAGUCUCCAAGGUUAUGCAUGCAUCAACCAAGGUCGUCAUGGCUCGGAAGAUCAUCCGUGUCGAUGCCAAGGAGAAUGUGAGAAAGCAGAUUCUACGAGAACUCCAAGUGGGCCAUGACUGCAAUUCCCCCAAUAUUGUGACUUUUUACGGAGCGUUCCAGAACGAAGCUCGGGAUAUUGUGCUAUGCAUGGAAUACAUGGACUGUGGCUCACUUGAUCGAAUUUCCAAAGACUUCGGUCCUGUUCGGGUAGACGUGCUGGGCAAGAUUACCGAAUCGGUAUUGGCCGGUCUCGUCUAUCUCUAUGAAGUCCACCGAAUCAUGCAUCGCGAUAUCAAGCCGUCUAACAUCACUGUCAACUCACGCGGAAACAUCAAGCUGUGCGAUUUUGGUGUCGCCACCGAAAUUGUCAACUCUAUUGCCGAUACUUUUGUAGGCACUUCGACCUACAUGGCUCCAGAGCGAAUUCAAGGAGGCGCUUAUACAGUCCGCUCGGACGUUUGGAGUGUGGGACUGACGGUAAUGGAACUGGCUGUCGGGCGCUUCCCGUUUGAUGCCUCGGACUCGGCGGCAGGCGAUCGCGCCAGCGCUGGCCCAAUGGGGAUUUUGGAUUUGCUGCAGCAAAUUGUGCACGAACCUGCUCCGAAGCUGCCCAAGAGCGACGCUUUCCCACCCAUCCUCCACGAGUUCGUCGCCAAGUGUCUUCUGAAGAAGGCGGAGGAGCGACCAACACCACGGGAACUCUACGACAAAGAUGCAUUCCUGCAGGCCGCUAAGCGGACCCCAGUAGACCUUCAGGAAUGGGCUAUCAGCAUGAUGGAGCGACACAACCGGAAGUCAUACCUCGCCCCUCCAGCGCCCAAAUCACUCAAGGAUGACAUGCAAUUCUCUUCUUCCUCUCACCAGGCCAGCCCCGCGGUCAAACCUCCUGUUAGUAGUAAAGCCCCCGUCAGCAAACCGUCACGCACUCCGCAGUACGCCUCCCCCUCGUCCUCGUCUGGCGAUAUUCCCGUAAUGGGUCACGACAUGCCCGCACACUACGCCCACAACUACGUUCCCGCCAACCCCUCGCCCCGGCCCCGAAGAACCACUCGCUCUCCGCCCAUAUCGCUGGAGCACCUCUCGCUGGAGAACCGAGAGGACGAGUAUCGCUCUGGCCGACGCCCUUCCCGCACUCCCGUGGGUGGCCCUUCUCCGGGGUUGGAACCUCCCAUGCAUCCUAUGAGCUCUCGCUCAGCUAGCUCUCACAACACUAAAUCGAGAAUGCCGCUGCAGUCGGCGGCUGCCCUCCCUGUGCGCUCGCCGCACAACGGUCCGCCUUCGGGCUCUAGCGGCAGUGGUUCCUGGCAGCGGUCUAUGCGCGGCGACCAUAUGACCGGUGCUGUCUAA